AAGUCACCACCAUAAAAGGAUGUAUGUAUAAUCUCUCUUAGAACAUGCCAAGCCUAACUUACUUCAGUUUGGGCAAAUACUGACUGCUACUACAAAGGGGCCUCAACAAGUCACCAAGAGCCCUCUUCUUCUCUCUUGUUCAGACAGGUGUAAGUUCGUAUGUGUUACAAUUUUCAGAUGUCUUCCUAUUUUACUUGUUUUCUACCAAUAACAUCAGAUCAUGUUGGAAAUAGGAGCUAGGAAGAAAACGUAUUGCACUGAAUAUGAUUACUGGAGCCAAACUGCCUGGAUUGAAUCCUGACACUUAACAGCUAUGUCUUCAGGCAGGUCACGGAAGUGCACUGUGCCUCAGUUUCACCACUGGAAAUGGCUUUGUGAAAGUUUUGUGAGGAUUCAGAGACCCUGAACACUGGCUGAUGGAUAUAAAAAUGGACAACAAUUUUACUACAGCUCCUCAGUUAAGUGACUGUGACCUCUAUGCACACCACAACACAGCCAGGAUACUAAUGCCUCUGCAUUACAGCAUUGUCUUCAUAAUUGGGCUUGUAGGAAACUUGCUAGCCUUGGUCGUCAUUGUUCAAAACAGAAAGAAAAUCAACUCUACUACCCUAUAUUCCACAAAUCUGGUGAUUUCUGAUAUACUGUUUACCACUGCUUUGCCUACACGGAUAGCCUACUAUGCAUUGGGCUUUGACUGGAGAAUCGGCGAGGCCUUGUGUAGGAUAACUGCUCUCGUGUUUUACAUCAAUACGUAUGCAGGUGUGAAUUUCAUGACCUGCCUCAGCAUUGACCGGUUCUUUGCCGUGGUGCACCCUCUGCGAUACAACAAGAUAAAAAGAAUUGAAUAUGCGAAAUGCGUUUGCAUAUUUGUCUGGAUUCUAGUAUUUGCUCAAACACUCCCACUACUCAUAAAAUCUAUGUCAAAGCAGGAGGAUGAAAGGACUACAUGCAUGGAAUAUCCAAACUUUGAAGAAACAAAAUAUCUUCCUUUGAUUCUGCUUGGUGCAUGUUUCAUUGGAUAUGUGCUUCCGCUCACGAUUAUUCUCAUCUGCUAUUCUCAAAUUUGUUGCAAACUCUUUAAAACCGCCAAACAAAACCCACUAACUGAGAAAUCUGGUGUAAAUAAAAAGGCUCUUAACACAAUUAUUUUUAUAAUUAUUGUGUUUAUUCUCUGUUUCACACCUUACCAUGUCGCAAUUAUUCAACAUAUGAUUAAGAAGCUUCGUUUUCCUGAUCUCCUGGAAUGUGGCCAAAAACAUUCAUUCCAGAUUGCUCUGCACUUUACAGUAUGCCUGAUGAACUUUAAUUGCUGCAUGGACCCUUUUAUAUAUUUCUUUGCAUGUAAAGGAUACAAGAGAAAGAUUAUGAAGAUGUUGAAACGUCAAGUCAGUGUAUCAAUUUCCAGUGCUGUGAAGUCAGCCCCUGAAGAAAACUCACGUGAAAUGACAGAAACUCAAACAAUGAUACAUUCCAAGUCUUUAAAUGGAAAGUAAAAAGGAAUUAAAUCUUGGAUUUAUAGCAAACUAUAUGACAAACUUUGUGGGACUUUUCUUAUAAAGCAAAACGAUUAUUCAACUUCCAAUUAGAAUUCUUUUAAAUUCCUUUCAUUGGGCACUAUUUCCCACGUCCAACUUGGAAGUAAACUGAUAAAUAUGUAUUCUUUACACUCA